GUUACAUGGACCCUCCACUCGGACAAAUACCUAUGCUUUCCCUCGGCUAGUGUGGGCCAAUCCACUUAAUCCUCACGUGAUAUCAAACGCGUGCAGAUCGCGUGUCGCGUCGGAGCAAUCGCAUAGAGACCUGGUUGUCAAGGGACGCCGUACACGUCCUCAACUGACAUAGAAUUACAUCCUGUGUGGCCUCAAAAUGAUUCGGCAGGAUUUCCACAGAAUUGAUCCAAAGAGGAGAGCAACUCUCGAUCACAAGAAAAAACAAUUUGCUACUCCAACUUUCAAACAACAAGAUUACCCGCAUCGCUUAAACUUCUAUGAAGUCCCACCGACCGCGGAGAUUACUCUCGAGCAGUUUGAGCAAUGGGCUAUCGAUCGUUUGAAGGUCCUGGCUGAAAUUGAAGCCUGUUCUUAUAGGAACAAAUCGCCCUCCGAGACCGAAGCGCAUAUCACGCCCCUCCUCCAGAAAUUUCUUCCACUAUCCGCGAACACUUCGUCAUCGCUCGGCGCGGCCGAUCAACGCCUGAAAAAUGAACGUCAGAAGGAUCAUUAUUCGCACUUCAUCCUUCGGUUGGCCUUUUCCGCCACGGAGGACCUCCGUCGGCGAUUCGCGCGAGCUGAAACUAUGCUUUUCAGGUUUCGGUUCCAAAAAGACGACUCAAGGGAGAAACGUGCUUUUAUAGAAAGCCUUAAUCUCGACUGGGAACCGGUUAGUGAUGAAGAGAAGCGCGAGCUCUCCGAACAUCUAGUAAGCGCAACACCGGGUUUACGCCGUGUCGACGAGGAAUCUUGGUAUAAGGUUGAUUGGGAGAGGGUCCCGGAGUUGGUAGAGAGGCGGUCUGUUUUCUUAUCCAAAGGAAAAGCGUACGUUCCAGGAAGAGAGCAGCUGAGCAUGAUCAUUGCUGAAUUUACUGCUCGAUUGGAGCGCGCUUUAGAGCUCACAAGUCGAGCACUACCACGGCUGGACGAAGAUGAUCGCCUUACUCCAAUUUUAAGUCACUUGUCGAAGAACUUCGGAAGCGCCGAGUCAGUAUACUCCGAGGGAGAGGGAUUUGUUGACGGUGCUCCGAUCACUGCGAACAAUAUCGAUCAACUUUCCCAACACUUCCCUCUCUGUAUGCGCAGUUUACAUAUGUCACUGCGCAAGAACAAUCACUUGAAGCACUACGGUCGACUUCAAUAUACCCUCUUCCUGAAAGGAAUCGGUUUAUCGCUGGAGGAGUGUAUUCUUUUCUGGCGUCAAUCGUUCAAAGGAUUUACAGACGACGAAUUCAAUUCCCGGUACAAGUACAAUAUUCGCCACGCCUAUGGUGACGUGGGUGGUGAUUCCAACCGCAGAGGCCGUGGAUACCCUCCUUACUCAUGCCAAAAGAUUCUUGGAGACUCGAAUCCCGGAGUUGGCCAGACUCAUGGCUGCCCAUACCGUCAUUUUUCCGUCGACAACCUCAUCGGACUUCUUCAGUCUACCGGCGUUACGGACAGAGAAUUGCUACGUGGGGUGCGAGAGGAUGUGGAGAAGACUCGUUAUCAUAUUGCUUGCAACAGAGUGUUCGAGUGGACGCACAAGGCGGAGAUCAAGCGAGUAAAAGAAGAUGGAACUUGGAAUCAGACCGAUCUGGACACUAUUGUUCACCCAAACACAUACUUCAAGCGCAGUUAUCUCCUCAAGCAGGUGGGGAAAGCGCCAAAGAAAGCUUAAAAGCUUGUUGAAUGUAUUUUACGAAGCUCAUGUGGUUCUUUUUGCCUUUCAGUUCGUUUGCUUCUCCCUUGCAAACAUUCACUCAUGAGGCGUUGAUGGGUUCGGGAUCUUUAAAGC